AUGAACAGAGAACCUUCAUCUUGGGCUCCACCACCAAGAUUGCAAGCAAAGAUAUCAGAGUCGGUAGCUUCUCCAGCUUCAUAUCUUUCUAAGUCAUCAUCUGCGAAUCCGUGGAGAUCAUGGGAGAUUCUCUUGAAAGAUGGCGAAAGGGUUCAUUAUGUCGACAACGCCAACUUACUAGACGUUUUUCAAGAUGAAGAACGUAUGAGGCCUCCUGACCCCCAGUUUGCCUGUGGAAAGGCUGCGAGCAUCUCCAGGGAUCUCAACUUAACAACUGGAAUAUCUCCAAUAGCACACAACAGGACCGGAAAUCCAGCGAACCUAUACCCAGACCCUCAACUAGCACUACGGCUUUGGAGGGCAUUUAUCGAAAACGUGGACCCUGUCGUCAAAAUUCUGCAUAUUCCGACUACACAAUCGUCCAUGGUAGCUCUGGUAGCCGACCCGUCUCGAACCACAUCAUCCUUCUCAGCGCUGGCUUUUGCAAUAUACUUCGCUGCCACAACCAGCUUGAACGAGGACGAGAUAUCAAGAAUUUCCUCGAAUAGCCGCUCGGAGUUGCUGGAGGAAUUCAAGAAUGGACUGAAUAAGAUCAUUAUCGAGUUGAACUUGUUCAACGAACCCGAUGUUACGACUGUUGAGGCUGUAGCCAUUUUUGCUACCUGUCUACGAGUUCACGAUCCUGGGCGCGGCGUCUGGAUCCUAAUCGGUACUGCGAUCCGGUUAGCGCAGUCCAUUGGCAUCCAUCGAGACGGGGCCGCUCUCGGGUUGAGUCCAUUUGAGACUGAGCGCCGACUCAGACUUUGGUGGCAUCUUAAUCUGCUCGAUCAUAGAGCGCCUGAAGAUCAUGGAUUUGCCUACAGUUUUGACUGGCUCCAUCAAGGACUGAGACUUCCGCUCAAUAUCGACGACGACUGUUUGUUCCCUACUAUGGAGACACUGCCAUCAGAAUCGGAUGCCUGGACGCAGACAUCAUUCGCUCUGGCUUCAAUUGAAGCCACCAAGCUCUUGCAACGUGUGCUCGGCACGAUAGCGACGGGCCAUGACGCUGACCUUACAGACGAUCUUGAAGAAAGAAGAAAGAUUAUGCGCGAACACAAAGCAUGGUUCGAAAAGAAAUUCUUUUCCAACAAAACUCUAUCCCGAGUCCAAGAAACUGCUGCAACUCAUUACAGGACCGCGUACAUCAAAAUGGAGUUCAUGCUGCAGGCUCGCGAGCAUCUCACCUCACAAACCGAGCACAAAAACUGCUCAACGCCUUCCCCUUCGAAAGGGCUCUGCGAAAUGGCCUUUUCCACGGCCUGCCGCACGAUUGAGAGUAGUUAUUCGCUACUCAGUGGCAGAACGACUGGAAACUUUGCCUGGUUAUUCCAAACGUACCCACAGUGGUACGCUCUCGCAUAUGUGUUGCGUUUUCUAUGUGCUUUCCCUUUGUCAUCGGAGACCGAGAAGGCGUGGGAUCUGGUAAACAAGGUGUUUGAUGCCCUGUCGUACUCGGACGACUUGUCAGUAGUCGACGCUGGAAGAGGGAGCAUCUGGCGAUGCCUUGCUCGGAUCCGACACCAAGUUUGGAUUGCAAGAGGCGGUUACAGACGAUCUACAUCAGGAGCACACGGAAAAGUCAACAAGGGCGUCUCGCAUUGUUCUAAAGUUGGUGAAUCAAGCUAUGCAACUCACAAUGGACCACUGGAAGAGACGGAUCUUGACUAUGAGCAAAGAGAUGAGGACAUGCUAGAGCCUGAAUGGCCCAGCCAAAGAAUGCCAUCACCGGAUCUGGCUUGGAACAUUGAGGGUGAUUUGUUUGGUGACUCGAUGCCAGACAUGCUCUGCCUGCCAGAAUGGAAUGAUAUUGUGAAUGGAAGAAGGCUAGGCUCGACUUAG